CUUCCCAGAUGUUUGGCGCGAAAAUCACUGUAUGUAUCAACGGAAUUAGGGUUCCAUUUCCCAAAUUCAGACCUCCCGGAGCUCGAAGAACGUCAUAUUUUCUACUGUGGUAUCAUCCAUUAGAGAGGAGGAUGCCCCUUACGCGUGCUUCAAAGCGCAAGCGCAUCAGUGAGGACGGGCUGAAAAAUGUCGAAAAGCAAGAAGAGGAAGAAGCACCUGCAGCAGCAUCCAAUGAAACGACUGCGUCUAAAAGCUCAUCAGCGAAGAACAUAAAAGAGAAUGCACCUCUGGUGGUGUUCGCUCAUGGCGCCGGUGCUCCUUCCACUUCUGAAUGGAUGAUCAGAUGGAAAAACAUGUUGGCCAAGGCAUUGAAUGCUAUUGAGGUCCUAACUUUUGACUACCCAUACAUUUCUGGUGGAAAGCGGAAAGCUCCUCCCAAGGCUGAAAAAUUGGUUGACUUUCAUUCUGAUGUUGUAAAAGAGGCAGUAGCUAAAUACCCUAACCAUCCACUGAUAUUAGUUGGGAAAUCCAUGGGGUCAAGGGUCAGCUGCAUGGUAGCCAGUGGACAAGACAUUGAUGCUUCUGCUGUAGUUUGCUUGGGAUACCCACUAAAGGGAAUAAAUGGUGCUGUGAGAGAUGAGAUACUGCUACAACUUAGAGUUCCCAUAAUGUUUGUGCAGGGUAGCAAAGAUGGACUUUGUCCAUUAAAUAAACUGGAAGCUGUUAGGAAGAAAAUGACCUGUGCUAAUGAGUUACAUGCGAUUGAGGGGGGCGAUCAUUCAUUCAAGAUUGGAAAGAAGCAUCUGCAGUUAUCUGAAACCACUCAAGAAGAAGCUGAAGAUCUUGCUGUUCAAGCAGUUGCGACCUUUGUUGCUAAUUUUGGAUCUACCAGGGAGCUUAUAGUGUUCAGUUGCCUUGGAAAGUCAAAAGUAGAUGAUUUUUCAGGUUAGUUCAAUUUGUCCUCUGCAAAAAUUUCCUGUCCUUGUUCUCCAGUUGUCAAUAAUGAUAUGUUCUUCAUUCUCUAGCAGUGGAGCUCUAUUGGUAUUUACUGACACUUUUCAUUUGCUACAUUGUGUUAUGAACUUUAUUCUGAUAUCAAAUAUGAACAAUGGCAUAUACAGAAACCAUGUUUUUAAUUAAUAGAUAUGGAGUAAUAAAUACAUAGGAAAUUUAGAAUUUAUUCUGCAUAGCAUAUCACAGCACACACCAUUUUUUUUUUUUUCCUCUAUUUCAAAUUUAGCGUAGUAUAGAAUUCAGAAUAACAGAAGUACCAUCACUCUUUAUCUUCCUUCAUUGGAUCACUCUUAUUCAUAGUUCUUGAUUCUUCAUCCCCAUGGUUUUCACUUCUCAUCAUCGCUCUCAUCACUGCUGCUGUCACUGCUAUGAUUGCAGUUUCCUUCCCUGUGCUUUUUCUUCCCGCCUAUGGUCUUCAGCUGGGUUUUCAUCUUCUCCACGAAACCCUCUUUCUUCUCAUAGGUUACAGUUGAGCCCUGGCAUGCAGAUUGAUGGCCAUGCUGUUUGUGAGCGUCGUGAUGAAACACUUUUCCUGCCAUUUCUUUCACCUUGUCGGUUAAAGAAUGGUGUUGAUCGUUCUCGACCUUGUGGCUGGUAACGGUGGUGGUUGUGAUGGUGGUCUGAUCCACUUCUUUGUAGCACUGGGUCGACGCCAUUGAAUCAA